CUUCUCCUUUUUCUAGAACGAUUGGACGUUUUCCUUUCUACUCCACCAUGAUUUUUCCCAUUUGAGUUCUAUGGCCCCCUGGAAACAGAGCAAAUCCUUUGUGUUCUUCCUCAUAUAAUCACCAUGAGUGGGCUUUGGAUUCUACUGCUGUUGGUUCUCCAUUUCGGAGUGUUAUCAGAUGGGCUUUCAAGACCUGCUGUAGUGAACAUUGGAUCUAUUUUCAGUUUUAAUAGCAUAAAUGGGAAAGUCGCGAAAAUUGCUAUGCAGGCUGCAGUAGAAGAUGUGAAUUCUGAACCCAAAUUUCUUGGUGGAAGCAAACUACAACUUACAUUCCAUGACUCCAACUUCAGUGGAUUUCUAGGUAUCAUAGGAGCUUUAAAAUACAUGGAGACCGAUACUGUGGCCAUUAUUGGUCCUCAGACUGCAAUAAUGGCCCAUGUAAUCUCACAUCUUGCCAAUGAACUCAAAGUCCCGCUUCUGUCAUUCACGGCUCUAGAUCCCACUCUCUCUGCUCUUCAGUACCCCUUCUUUGUUCAGACAGCACCCAAUGAUUUUUUCCAGAUGACAGCAAUUGCAGAUAUGGUAAGCUACUAUGGUUGGAGGGAUGUCAUUGCAGUCUUCAACGAUGACGACAGUGGGCGCAACGGUAUAGCUGCAUUAGGCGAUAAACUUGCAGAAAGGCGCUGUAAGAUUUCUUACAAGGCAGCCCUUCCUCCUGACACGAUAGCAACUCGAACUGAUAUUCAAAAUGUUCUGAUUAAGUUGUUAGUACUGGAGUCGAGAGUAAUCGUUUUACACAGUUACAAACUUUCAGGUCUAAUGGUCUUUGAGGUUGCCCACUCUCUUGGAAUGAUGAGUAGUGGGUAUGUGUGGAUAGCUACUUCUUGGCUCUCUUCUACUUUAGACUCUAUUGCUCCCCUCCCUACAGUAAUCAGUGAGACCAUCCAAGGAGUUCUCACAUUGCGCCCACACACACCAGAUUCAGAAAAGAAAAAAGCUUUCUUCUCAAGAUGGAGCCAACUGAGUGGUGGCUCUAUAGGGUUGAAUCCUUAUGGUCUUUUUGCUUAUGAUACUGUAUGGAUAAUUGCUCAUGCAAUCAAGGUUUUCUUUGAGCAGGGUUGGACCAUUUCAUUCUCAAAUGAUUCAAGGUUAACUAAUGUAGUAGUAAAAGGUGCUCUGCGUCUCGAUGAAAUGAGCGUAUUUGAUGGGGGAGGGCAGUUGCUGAACAAUAUAUUGAAUACCAGCAUGAUGGGUCUUACAGGACCAAUUCGAUUUACUCCAGAUAGAUCUCUCAUCCAUCCUGCAUAUGAUGUCAUCAAUGUAAUUGGAACUGGGUUUCGGCUGAUUGGGUACUGGUCUAAUUAUUCAGGGUUAUCUGUUGUGCCUCCAGAAACACUCUACGUGAAGCCACCAAACCGUUCAAGUUCAAGCCAAAACCUAUACACUGCAGUGUGGCCUGGGCAGAUGACAACGAAGCCUCGUGGAUGGGUUUUCCCAUACAACGGAAGGCAGUUGAGAAUCGGGGUUCCUAACCGAGUUAGUUAUUGGCAAUAUGUCUCUCUAAUAAAUGAUAAUGAUACGGUUCAAGGUUACUGCAUAGAUGUAUUCCUUGCUGCCCUAAGCCUUCUGCCUUAUGGUGUUCCAUAUAAAUUCAUUCCAUUUGGAAAUGGUUUUAAUAAUCCGAGCUACAGUGAGCUUGUGAAUUUGAUAACUACAGAUGUCUUCGAUGCUGUUGUGGGUGACGUUGCGAUUGUCACAAACAGAACAAAAGUUGUGGAUUUUACUCAGCCAUAUAUUGAAUCAGGACUAGUUGUAGUGGUCCCACUCGGGAAGUUGAACUCCAGUGCGUGGGCUUUCCUGAGGCCAUUCACUCCAAUGAUGUGGGCUGUCACAGCAGCCUUUUUCCUUGUUGUGGGUGCGGUUGUGUGGAUUCUUGAACACAGAAUAAAUGAUGAUUUUCGAGGGCCACCUAGGCAACAGAUCGUUACGCUUCUUUGGUUUAGCUUUUCAACUUGGUUCUUUGCCCACAGAGAGAACACUGUCAGCACCCUUGGUCGCUUGGUGCUUAUCAUAUGGCUGUUUGUGGUUCUGAUAAUCAACUCAAGCUACACUGCAAGUCUGACUUCAAUCCUCACUGUGCAACGGCUGUCUUCACCCAUCAAAGGAAUUGAAAGCUUGAUAACAAGCACGGAGCGAAUUGGAUUCCAAGUUGGAUCUUUCGCUGAAAACUACUUGAAUGAGGAACUAAAUAUUCCGAAAUCUAGACUUAUUGCCCUUAAUUCACCAGAAGCCUACGCUACAGCCCUUGAGAGGGGGACUGUUGCUGCUAUUGUUGAUGAAAGGCCAUACAUAGAUGUCUUCCUUUCAAGCUACUGCAAGUUCUCAGUUGUUGGCCAAGAAUUUACCAAAAGCGGGUGGGGAUUUGCAUUUCCAAGAGACUCUCCCCUAGCCAUUGACCUAUCCACAGCCAUUCUGCAACUGUCAGAGAAUGGCGAUCUUCAAAGGAUUCAUGACAAGUGGCUGACUGGAAAAACUUGUAGUUCACAGCCAGAGAUCCAAUCAGAUCGGCUUCAGUUGAGGAGUUUCUCGGGUCUCUUUCUCAUAUGUGGCGUUGCAUGCUUUGUUGCACUGUUUAUAUACUUCGUGUCAAUGAUACGACGGUUCAGCCGACAGUUUUCUGAAGAAUCCCAUUCUUCUGGUUCUGGUAGCUCACGAUCUGCACGCCUCCAAAGGUUUUUAUCAUUUGUUGAUGAAAAGGAAGAGGAACCAAAGAGCAAAUCCAAGAGAAAACAAAUGGAGAAAUCAUCAAGUGUCAUUAGUGAGCGAGAUGAACAAAGGUAUGGAUCCAAGAGAGAGGAAAUAGACAGCAAUAUUACGGGCUACACUUUUGCAUAAUUAAUUAGCUGUUCCAUCCUUAUUGUAUAAAGUACUUUCUUACAAGUCAGUUGAUCCUUUGUUCAAUACAGUUCUCAUAUGUUGUAAAAUCUAGAUUAAGUUCUUCCCUUCCCGCGUUACUGGGGUUUAACUUCAGCUGUUUUGAGGUAUUUAAAUGUCUGUCAAGGUUGGACAUUAUUUUCUACUGUAACAUUGGAGAUAUAAAGUAACAAAGAAGUUCUCACUAUCUAAACAUCUUGUCAAUACUGUGAUAUAUGAUUCAAUGGUACAAUC